CGCCCGAACGCGAGCGGGCCCGGGGCCGCGCGGGGCGCCGCGGAACGCCGGGCGGCGGGAGUAGCGGGGCCGGCGGCGAGGCGGGAGCCACAAAGGCGCGGGCGGCCGGCGGACCCUCCCCCGCGCCCGCCACUUCGGGAAGUUUCGCGGGCCCGUCCUUCGGCCUGCUGCGCGAGGGCGAAAGCGCCGAAAGACCGAGUUUCCCCGGCGGCUCCUCGCGGGAGGCGGCGUCGGUGGAGCCGAGCGCGGCCUGGAGCGCGCGGGCGGCGAUGCGCUGUGACUCUGAACUCCGGCGCCCCCGGGGGAGGCGCGCCGGGCCUCAGUCCGCAAGCCCUCCCAACUCGGUUCGGGAGAGCGGGCUCCUCGAGAAAGCCGGCGGCUCCCACCCAGCCCUCGUGAGGACGUCCAAGUGCGUCAAAACCCUCUGCAGCGCGGGCAACGCGAACCCGACAGAUGUGCCCGGAGCGCCGCGCCGUGAACAAGACUGGCGUUCCCGCGUGGGAUGUGGCUGGAGACUGCGUGGAAUGAUUGUCCCAGAACUCUGGGCCACUUCAGUCCUGUGCGAGACCCCCGCCCCCCCCCCCAGGGUGCCCGCGGGGUCCCACGUAAACCAGCCGGGGGCCUUGCCGAAUACGUUGCGAUACGGGCCUGGGUACGGCUGGCCCUCGGCCCUUUGCUAAUGCAGAAAGAAGAUUGAUUUGCCCUGCUGGGAGCUGGGACAGGACAGGGAAGAUUUUAGGACCGACUUCGAUUUUAGCACGCUUCCCUGAAGAAAGACUGCCAAGAAACAGCCUCGCUUUGUUGUGUUUGUCGUAUAGACCCUUUUGAACAGUCACCAUGUUUAGAUAUUAGCAAGCACGUAUGUGUAUGUGUGCAUUUGAAAAUGGCAGAGGGAAACAAUAAUGAAGAAGUCAUUCACUUGAACAACUUUCACUGCCACAGGGGACAAGACUGGAUCAAUCUCAGAGAUGGACCCAUCACCAUAUCUGACUCCUCUGAUGAGGAAGGGGUUCCUAUGCUGGUCACCCCGGCUCCUCAGGAACACGACGAAGAGGACCUGGAUGAUGAUGUCAUCCUGACAGAAACAAAUAAACCUCAGACAUCACGACCCAAUCUCAUCAAACCAGCUGCCCAGUGGCAAGAUCUCAAAAGAUUGGGAGAAGAAAGGCCUAAAAAGUCUAGAACAGCCUUUGAAUCAGAUAAGAACGGCUAUUUUUCAGUGUGUAACAGCUCAUUGUUUGAUUCUGGGGCACAGGAUGAUUCUGAGGAUGACUACGGUGAAUUUCUGGAUCUUGGGCCUCCUGGAGUUUCUGAAUUCAUUAAGCCAAGUGGCCAAACAGAAAGAGAACCCAAACCUGGACCAAGUCAUAACCAAGCAGCAAAUGACAUUGUCAACCCGAGAUCAGAGCAGAAAAUCGUUAUCUUGGAAGAAGGUAGCCUUCUUUUACCAGAAGGUGAUCCUCUGGACUCUCAGAACCAGUCAUCUGAAGAUUCAGAGACAGAGCUUUUAUCAAACCUUGAAGAAUCUACUGCUAUCCUAGAUGAUCAAGCCAUCGAAGAAGACUGCUGGUUAGACCAUCCUUAUUUCCAGUCCCUAAACCAACAGCCCCGUGAGAUAACAAACCAGGUUGUUCCUCAGAAGCGGCAGCCUGAAGCAGAACUGGGCCCGUUGUUGUAUCAGCAUGAACCCCCAGGGCUGGCUUUUCCAAGGCCAGCUUUUCCAAGACCAGAACCCCAGCAGGAUGGGAUUCCAGGCCCUUCUUCUCCUCAGCCUGCCCAUCCUCUAGGAGAGCUUGAAGACCAACAACUAGCAAUAGAUGAUGAAGAGCCAGGGCCAGCCUUUCCACUACAAGGAUCUCAGGAGCCCAAUUUGGAAAACCUUUGGGGGCAAGAAGCUACUGAGGUAGAUCAAGAACUCGUUGCACUUUUAGUGAAAGAAACAGAGGCAAGAUUUCCAGAUGUUGCAAAUGGGUAUAUUGAGGAGAUAAUUCAUUUGAAGAAUUACUAUGAUUUGAAUGUACUUUGUAAUUUUCUUCUGGAAAAUCCAGACUAUCCAAAGAGAGAAGACAGAAUCAUUAUCAACCCCAGUAGCAGCCUGCUUGCCAGCCAGGAUGAGACAAAGUUGCCUAAAAUAGACUUUUUUGACUACUCUAAAUUGGUUCCUCUUGACCAGCGUUGUUUCAUCCAAGCUGCUGACCUCCUGAUGGCUGACUUCAAAAUGCUCAGCAGUCAGGAUAUCAAGUGGGCCCUGCAUGAACUCAAAGGACACUAUGCAAUCACCCGAAAGGCCUUUUCUGAUGCCAUUAAAAAAUGGCAGGAGCUCUCUCCAGAAACCAGCGGAAAAAGAAAAAAGAGAAAAGAAAUGAAUCAGUAUUCUUACAUAGACUUCAAGUUUGAACAAGGUGACAUAAAAAUAGAAAAGAGGAUGUUCUUUCUGGAAAAUAAGCGGCGACAUUGUAGGUCUUACGACCGGCGUGCCCUUCUUCCAGCUGUGCAGCAAGAGCAGGAGUUCUAUGAGCAGAAAAUCAAAGAAAUGGCAGAGCAUGAAGACUUUUUGCUUGCCCUGCAGAUGAAUGAAGAACAGUAUCAGAAGGACGGCCAGCUGAUUGAGUGCCGCUGCUGCUAUGGGGAGUUUCCAUUCGAGGAGCUUACUCAGUGUGCGGAUGCUCACUUGUUCUGCAAAGAAUGUCUCAUCAGAUAUGCCCAAGAGGCGGUCUUUGGAUCUGGAAAGUCAGAACUCAGCUGCAUGGAAGGCAGUUGCACAUGUUCAUUCCCAACCAGUGAGCUGGAGAAGGUGCUUCCCCAGACCAUCCUGUAUAAAUACUACGAGCGGAAAGCUGAAGAGGAAGUUGCUGCAGCUUACGCCGAUGAGCUUGUCAGGUGCCCCUCCUGCAGCUUUCCUGCUCUGUUGGACAGUGAUGUGAAGAGGUUCAGUUGUCCCAAUCCUCGCUGCCGAAAGGAAACCUGUAGGAAGUGUCAGGGACUCUGGAAAGAGCACAAUGGCCUCACUUGUGAAGAGCUGGCUGAGAAAGAUGACAUCAAGUACCGAACCUCCAUUGAAGAAAAAAUGACUGCAGCCCGCAUUAGAAAAUGCCACAAGUGUGGGACUGGCCUCAUCAAAUCCGAAGGCUGCAACCGCAUGUCUUGCCGCUGUGGUGCCCAAAUGUGCUACCUCUGUCGAGUAUCUAUCAGUGGAUAUGACCAUUUCUGCCAGCAUCCUCGCUCGCCGGGAGCCCCUUGCCAGGAGUGUUCAAGAUGCUCUCUCUGGACCGACCCCACAGAAGAUGAUGAGAAGCUAAUUGAGGAGAUCCAGAAGGAGGCUGAAGAGGAGCAGAAGAGAAAGACUGGAGAGAACACCUUCAAACGCAUCGGGCCCCCCUUGGAGAAGCCUCCAGAGAAAGUCCAGAGGAUCGAAGCCCUGCCGAGGCCCGUCCCGCAGAACCUGCACCAGCCACAGAUCCCCCCCUAUGCCUUUGUGCACCCCCCCUUCCCCCUGCCGCCUGUCCGGCCCAUGUUCAACAAUUUCCCUCUCAACAUGGGCCCCGUCCCAGCGCCCUACGUGCCCCCUCUGCCCAAUGUGCGCGUCAACUACGACUUCGCUCCCGUCCACGUGCCGCUGGAGCACAACCUGCCUAUGCACUUUGGUCCGCAGCCACGGCAUCGCUUCUGACAGCUCUGUGUCCUGCCUCCUCCCCAGAGCCCGCCGCUGAGCAGCCCAGCCUGUGCAGGGCCGGGGUUCCAUAGAUUCCCGCCUCGCCCCCAAGGCCAUGCCUUCUGAAUGGGGAUCGUGCACUUGGCUCUCGAUAGGUUGGCGUUUUUCCUGCUCCUUCCUGGGAAGGGCUACUGUCCCUUGAGCGGCCGGCAGGCCAGUGCCCUCAGGUGCCUGUAAAAGGAUUGGUCUGACACUUGCUGGACCAGUGAUAAGGGCCAGUAGGGCCUCCCUGGAGAGUUCCACUGUCCGAGCAGCAGUGCAGGGACCCUCACCACAAGGUAUCCCCUCUCUGUCAGCCCUGUCCCUGCAGACAGUGACGAGGGAAGUGUUUGUGUCCGUCCCCUCCCCUCCCCCUGGCAGACCUCACAAGUCUCUCAGUUAACCACGUAGGCCUUCCUUACCGCAGUAUAGUCUGAUUGGUGAUAAAGCCGAAGUCCCAGUUCGGAGAGAGCUAAGCCAUCUGAACCAUGUUGUGAAGGCUGAGUUCUCCCCCCACCCCCACCCCAGUGCUGCGGCCCACCCAGAGUGAGUGCACCCUGCUGCUCCAGGUUAGUUGGUCCCAGUGAGGCGGUGGCAGAACCACGUCCCCAGGCCUGGGGGCACCGCUCAGGGUGGGGAGGCUGCAGACUGUAUUCUCCAAAUCCAGAACCCCAGGCCACCACCACCGUGACUGUUCAGGUCUCUUCUUGUCCUUGGCCCACUCAGAUGAGACCACAGAGAGCCAUCUCAUGCUGUCAGUUCUGUUUUGUAGUUUAAAGAAAUAUUUGCCAUUUACUCACUUUGAACUUGCUGGGUUUUCUGUGGCCUACUAGAGUUUCUCUCGUUCAGUCUCUUUCUUAGAAAGUCAAAUCCGUUACCCCACACCAGGCAGCCAAUGAGUGCUAGAUGGUCCUGAAUCUUGCCAAACAAAAGGUCCUUUCGAGGUGGCUGUGACAGGCUUGGUGGCUCUCCCAGGUAGCCCAGUUGUCAGGUAAUGAGCAGCUUCUCCCCUAAGGUUUGGUGGUGGCAGUGGGUUUCCACGGGGGGAUAAGAGGACCCAGACUACACCCGGCACCCACCCGUGGAGCUGCCCCUGCCCACGGCCAGGUGAGUCUAGCUCCGGGUCGGCAUGGGGGUUCCUGCCCCUUCCCACUCACCUUUCCCUGUGCAGCCCCAGCCCACCCGAGGCUCUGCCCCAUCGCUAGCCACUCUGCAGAACAGAGGCCUCCAUGGGGAGUGACCCUGCCUGGCUGCCCAGUAUUGGUCUCUGUCACUGCUGCUGUAUCUCUGGUGUCUGUGGAGUUCCCAGAAGUUCCCAGCACCUGUGCACAGACCUCAGAAGGGUGAGCCUAAUGACCAACCCCCCAUCUCUGGGGACCAUGCCCCAGGACCAUGCGUUCUUGUGUGCAGGCACCCACUGCCAUCAGUUUCUCAUGUAUUUCAAGGAUUAAAAUGGGGAGAAAUCUGCUAAGUUGCCCAUUCUUCCUCCUGCUUUUCCUCCAGGGGAGGGCUUUGCAGAGUCCUCUGGGGGUGCACUGCAGGGCACAGUGACAGGUCUAAGUACCUUUACAGCAUGGUCCCCAUGCAUCCCCAAGGUGAGGAGGGUCUCAGAGCGGUUGAGCUUCCAGCGGAUGUCCCACCAAAUGGGACACACCAGAACCUCCUGGGCCCCCUGAGCCAGUUCAUCCAAGGAGGGAACAAACCAGUUCACCUCUGUUCUGUAGCCAGGGUACAAGGUUCCGUGGGGCGCUUUGGGCAGCCGAAAGGGCAGGCCCCAGGUGGGUGGCAUGUGAAGAUCCCCUGACACAGGAAAGGAAGAGACCAGAAUAAUUGGUUUCCCCCAAAGCCAAACUGAGGACUUGCCCUUUGAGAUGAAUUCUGGCUGUUCUAGCCACACGCAGCUGCUAGGGAUCUGAGGACCCCCGGUUUCUGACGAUCCUCCCUGCACUGGACUGUGGAGCAGCUCCCAGGCCCACAGCAGCAUAGUUGCUGUUUGGGGGAAGGUCGUUGCCACGAGUUCUGACACUAGCAUGAGGUCCCACCUGUCUGUGAAGCGACCCUCUAGGUGCCUGUGUCCCAGAGGACCCCAGGCUUCUUGAGAAGCAGACUGCACUAGUGAGAGUUCAGGGGAGAAGGGGCCUUAAUCCUCUGACAAACAAGCCAGCAAGUGGCUGCAAGGUAUAAGGACAGGAGACCCACAGAGACCAGCCAGUGGCAGGGACAAGGCAGGAAUCCCAGAGGCAGCCUGGCAUCUUACCCUCUCUGGGCCACAGUGUUUGCUCCCCCAAGCCAGAGACUGCCCAGCAACAGUCCCGUUCUACUUGCCUUAAACUGGAGAGAGGAAUCUAGUAUUUGCACUUAGCAAAAGAUUUUAAAACUUAAAAAAAAAAAAGUGUGCAUGACCUGUCACUUUGUAUAAAAAUAGCAAAAAUGAUUAGUUUAUUAAAUUUUUUUCUGUACCUUCUGGUAGUAAAAUACUUCAAAAUAAUUCUGUUUAAACUACUGUGUGUAAAAAGUCUGUAUCAUAUGUAACUUGGACUUUUUGUAAAUAAAUGUUUGUGCACUAUGCUCCUUCCGGUUUUGUCUGUCCACACGGCACUACCGGGCAGGCCCCUCCACCCCCAUGAAGUUACAGGGGCUGCGCACACAGGCGAUAGAUUCCCAGGGAGUGAUUGGGCCUACGAUGCCACUGCUCCCUGGGAGUGGACGUCAGCUGCCGCUGGAGAGCUGCGAGGAGAAGUGAGACCCCCAUCUCCCUUCCCCAGAAGGAAGAUCAGGUGAUGUCUCAUGCUGACCCUGCUUGGGUGGCUACCGAGGCCCACUUGGGCACAAGGGGGUUUUUUGUUGUUUUUGGCACAGAAUCCCCUUCCAGAAAGUGCUCAACCCCUCUUCCAGGCCUGGGCAGCAAGCCACCAACUUGCCUGGAGAGCGACCUGCAGAGGCUGGACCAGGCGAAGGUUGGGUGAAAUGGGAGGAAGCUCGUGUCCUCCUUUAAGACCAGGAGAUCAAGUUCCUGAGAACAGAGUGUCUGACUGGGGCCACCUUCCUCGGGCACAGCCCUCCCCAUCAGAAUCCCCAGCAGCCCUGCUGUGAGCCAGGCUGGCAGACCCCAGCACCCUUGGGCUCAAACUGCUCAACGUUCUGAUAAAACGUGGGCUAUCCUGUCCUGCUAUUUGCAGCUUUAUUGAGUGAUGCGUCCCCCCCCCCCUUUUUUUUGUGUGUGCAUUUCUGAAAAUGUACUGAAAUAAAUCCAAGACAGAAGUUACCUGCAUGGGCGCCUGGGUGGCUCAGAUGGUUAAGCGUCUGCCUUCGGCUCAGGUCAUGAUCUCAGGGUCCUGGGAUCGAGCCCCGCAUCGGGCUUCCUGCUCCUUGGGAGCCUGCUUCUCCCUCUGCCUCUCUCUCUCUCUCUCUGUCUCUCAUGAAUAAAUAAAUAAAGUCUUUAAAAAAAAAAAAAAGUUACCUGCAUUCCCAGGGUCGUGAGUUCAAGCCCCAUGUUUGGCGUGGAGCCUACUUAAAAAGGUGAUUCUGCACCUUUCAAAAUGGGACUUUUCUCUCUUUGCAACCAGGAAUGCCCCCCUGGGUCUGAUUGGUUCUUUUUGUGCCAUCCUGAUGGACGAUAGGGGUGCUUCGCACUUCCUGCCACCCUUCCACACCUUGGUGAGCACCUGCUUGGAUGUUUCAAAAGAUGUAUUUUCCGGGAGCGGAGUUGUGCAUAAAGGAUGGGGGUGAGGGGCACCUGGGUGGUUCAGCCGUUAAGCAUCUGCCUUCAACUCAGGUCGUGAUCCCAGGGUCCUGGGAUCGAGCCCCACAUCGGGCUCCCUGCUCCACGGGAAGCCUGCUUCCUCUCCCUCACCCCCUGCUUGUGUUCCUGCUCUCACUAUCUCUGUCACAUAAAAUCUUAAAAAAAAAAAAAAAAGGAUGGGGGUGUGUAUUUCUAUGUCUUUUGCCAGAUUCCUUGACAAAGCAGUGUCAACCCACCCGUCCUGGCCUGUGUUCUUACCCUUCGUUGGCACAUCGUUGCCACGGUCCCUCGGCUGUCCUAAGACCCGCCUCCUGGAAUCUGACCUCAUGGGGACACUUGAAUGGACACAUCUUCCUUUAGAAGGAACUGCUGUUUAGGUCAGGUGCUUUUGUAAUUGCACUGUCCAAACUUAUUUUCCAUCCUUGAAGUGACAUAUACGUAUACACAUUGGCCACUUAACAUAGGUUUUAAAAAAAAUUUGAAAACACAGAAAAGGAUCAAGACAAAAGUGCUUUGUUAUCUGAAGGUAGCUACUGAUAUUUUUUAAGAUCUAUUUAUUGGAGAGCACGCAAGGGGGGGAAGGGGCAGAGAAAGAGAAUCUCAAGCUGACUCCGCGUUGAUUGCAGGACCUGAUGCGGGGCUCAAUCUCACGACUCUGAGAUCAUGACCUGAGGGGAAAUCAAGAGUCGCAUGCUUACCCCAAUGAGCCACUCAGCCGCCCCUACUGAUAAUAUUUUUUUUGAUGCAUUUCCUUCCAGGUCGUUCUGCUCUGUGAUAUAUAUAAUGUCUCACAAAACCAGUAAACCAGAUGUGCAGGUUUGCAUCCUAUCAUGAGCAUUAGCAAGGUAUGAGCAAGUGCUUCCAAAAUACCGUUUUUAAUUAGCCUUCUUUUAGAACCUCUUGCUGCAGGCUUGUAAACCUUCUCUUUGGGCUUCUUGGAAUCACGUUUCUGCAGGCUGGUGCACAGCUGCCCCUGUCCAGCCUGCUGUUCUUUGUUCUCAUGACCCCCGGGGGACAUGGCCCCACCUAAAACCCCAUCUGUGGGUCUUCCCUCUCAGGAUUAAGUCGGAAGCAACUCCUCUCCUUGCUUCCUCCCCCUUCAUCAGCACGUCUUGGCAGGCAGUCCAGAACUGAUCAUCGCUUAGGCUUGGCUUUGCCCUAGAUGAUGCCAGUUAAGACCCUCACGAGAGGGGCGUGGAGCCAGCACAGGCUGUCACCAGGGCCACCGGGAUCACCGGAACCUGCCUCUUCCCUAAGUGGGGGUGGCGCACUGGGCCCGAGGCCAUUCUGUGGGUUCUGCAGGUGCAGCGCUGCAGGGCCCCGGGAAGGUCACUGCAGCCAGCUGCUUGAAGCAAAGUGGGGACAAUUACAGCACCGAGAAAGCCGGAAAAGAGCUUGUUGUCGGGUCCCCUUCCCGCUGCCCUUUGGCAUCCACUCCCAGAGGCGGGUCCGGCUUCAGACCCAGGCACAUCCCCGGAUGGCUGCCCCUCACCACUCCGCAGGUCCAGUCCCCCGUCCACCUGCCCUCGUCCGUGGUGCGUCUGGGGCUGUGCCACUGCCCGCUUGCCCCGAACCAAGCACCGGGCGAGUGGCGUUCACAGCCUGGGAGAGGGGGGCAGUGCACCUGGGCCCAGCACAUCACAGCAGGGAGACCAGGGCCGCAGCCUUCUCAAGGGGCUCUCAGUCUCUCCUUUCUCUGCCCCAAGUCUGGUUCUCCCUCUCUCUCCUCUUUUGUCAAGAUUGAGGCCACUUACCAAAAAAUACCCAUGAUCGAGAACAAGCAGAAAACCGAACUGGAACAGAAGCAAAGCUACAGUAUUAAACACAGCGCAGGAAGUGGGGCUCUGAAGUCAGGCGGCCUGGCCCCCUUCCCGGCAGCUCACGUGGAAAAGCACAUGAGUUACAAGGGUCACCAUGUCCAUAGGGUGAACACGUGCUCAUAGCUCCAAGGAAGGAUGCUCCGCAGGCGGCACACAUCUCCGUGACCUGCUGGAGGCCCUGAUGGGCUUCGGGGGCCACCCACUGGGGCUCUAGGGAGGCCUGGGCCUGGGGCUCAGAGUGGACGGCCCGCAUGGCUCCCCCACGUGGCCACCCUCACGUGCUCAGCCUCGGACCUCUGGCGACUCUUGACGCCUCCCCCACAGACAUCUCCUUUCUCUCGCCUCUGAUGGGGAACAAAGCCAAAAAGGAAGCCUGGAACAUCCUGGAGGCCGGGGGCACUGAAGGACGUGCGGGCACACGGUUCCUGCCCAGCUGUGCUGUUCCCGGCUGUGAGCCUCGGCCCAGUCCUCUGUGCCUGUCCUCCCGAGACACUAGCCAUCUCAGGCCCAUUCCCUACUGUGGAACAGUCUCCACCAGGCCUGCCUUCCCUGAGGACCAGGAGCACCAUUCAGCUCGGCUCUGCGUCUCUGGCACCCGGUCAGGGCCCGGGGUGCUCAGGAAAUAGUUGCUGGAAAAGUAAAUCUGUGAAAUGACACCAGAAAUACACCCCUCAGAAGGGGGUCUUUAGGACACUCAGUGAGCUACUGUAGGGGAAGACACAGUGUGACCUACGGUAGCCACACAAAUGUCAGCUUCAUUGUGUUUGGAAUCAGAAAAUGUGAGCGAGUGCUUUUCCACCUGCUAGCUGGAGCCUCAGUUUCCCCAUCUGUAAAAGGGAAGGGUUGGGCUGGGUAGCCUGAGUGGCAGAAGCCUGGCAGAGACUGGUGGCCUCCCUGCGUGGAGGAGAGAGACCUGAGAACUUGGGGAGGCCAAGGAUCCGCAGGGCAAAGGUGCGAAGGAUGAAGCAGCCGGACAGGCUGCUCGGGGUCUGCAGACGGGGGCCUUCUGGGGAGGCCCUGGGGCCAGGUGGGGAGCAGCCGGUCACAGCAUGGGCCACUGUGGAGCUCCUACAGGCCCACCUGCAGCUGCAGGGACCAGGGACCAGCUCUUGGGGGAGACUUUAUCUGGGGCCCUGGGAAAUGUGGUGGCUUUCAUUUAUACCCCCCAAGUCUGCCAGUGGUUCUCUGGGGAAGAAGGAAGCCAAGUGGGCAGGAAGAGGAGGUGGAGAGGCCCCGCCCAGCUUAGGAGCUCCCCGUUAGCACGGACUAACCCGUAGGAGGUGACCCUUGCACUUCUGACCUAUGCAGCGCACUUGCUUUCACCUCAGCCUGGCAAGAAGCUUCCAGAACGAUUCCAUCCAGGAGGGGAAGAACGUGAAGACACACUCAUCCAACAGCUGGGCAGGGUGGGGAGGGUCUUUGGGGAGGCGAUCUGGCCCCAUCUAUCAAAAUGUCAAGUGACUUAAGAAUUGCCCUUCCAGAAAUUUCCCCCAGAGCCUUGUAAAGCGUCUCCCGCCCACCGUCGUUCCGUUCAGCAGCAUGUGCUGCUCAGAACAAGGGAGAACGGACGUGAGUGUCCGUGACUGGGGCACAAGGUGGACUGGAUGGGAUGGGACAGGGUAAACCUCGAGAAGCCGGAGCGAGUUCUACCUGCGUCGGUAAGGAAAACACACGUGUGUCGUGACAACUGAAGGGAGGGGGCCGUGGGAGCACACGAUCCCGAGUGUGCAAAAAAGCAAAAUACAACCCCCGGCUCACUGUUGCUGGAGAUGUAAAGAGGUGCAGCCACUAUGCAAAACAGUGUAUGGAGGUUGCUCGAAAAAACGAAGUUGGAAUGACCAUAUGAAGCAGCAAGGCCACUUUGGGGUGUAAACCCAAAAGAACAGAAAGCAAGGCCUCAGAGAUUUGUACCCCUGGUUUGCAGCGGCAUGUUCUCAAGCGCCAAAAGCUGGAAGCAAGCCAGCGUCCGUGGGGGGGAGUGGCAUGUGCAUCCGUCCAUCCCGCGGAACACAAGUCAGCCGUGACAAGGAAGAAAACUCCGACCCACGCCACGCCGCAGGUGAACCUCGCAGACACGGGCCCACGUCAGACAAGCCGGUCACAGAAGGACGAGUACUGUGUGCACCACCGGCUCACGUUCCCCCCUCCCUGUGUCCUGGGGUCACCUCCCAAAUAGGCCACUUGGCCUUGAAUGUGCGUGUCUGCUGCUGGGGGAACCAAUCACAUGAGGAUGAGUUUGCGUGUGCUUGCAUAGACGGGUUACGUUUUUAUAUAUAAAUCCCAGCUGCACCCAAGCUGGGAGCAACUUACCUAACCUCCCUGAGCCUCAAUUCCUGCAGCAGUAAGUGGGGCUGGUAGUCGCAGUCGUGGGCUGGGGCGCCACAACGUAGCACCUUUGCUCCCGGCCCUGGAGGCCGGCAGUCCCAGAUCUGGGGGCAGCGGGCGGGGGCCUACCCAGGCCUCUGUCCACAGCCUCCCGCCUUCCCUCUGGGCACAUUUGCCUCCUAAUCUCUUCUUACCAGGACACUGUCAGAUCGGAGUGGGGCUCACCUCAGUGACCUAUUUAAAUUGUAAUCAUCUCCUGAAAUACCCUGUCUCCGCGCACAAUCACGUCAGGAGGUGCUGGGCGGUCCAGCCUCAGCACAUGAAUCUCAGGGGGACAAAAUUCAGCGCAUCACAGGGACUGAGUUAACAAGGGGUGAGUACCUGGCACAUAGCAAGGGCUGUAUAUGAAUACUUUACAUAAAAAUAAGAUUUUCUGGACGAGUCAAAGACACUGCCAACAGUGUUUAACCCGGGGGGGUGUCGGGAGGGGGCUGGGGCUGGGGCAUCCUCUGACACCAGAUUCUAUGCUUUUAUUACCUUAAUUCUUAAACUAACAACAAUGAUAAAGUAGUAACCCUGUCAGAGCACCUGCCAGUGCCUGGCACCAGUUGGAGGUGCCUGGAAGGUGGGUCUUCUCCUCCCAUCUGCGGGUCAGGCCUGGGUCCCAGGGAGGGAGGAGAGGAGUGCAGACCCCUCCCCAAUGUCUGUUCAGCUUUUGUCUCGAUUAUUACAUCUCCUGGAGGAUCAGCCUCCUCCUGGUUAAACCCAGGGGCCCCAUGAAGGGGCUUGGGCCUCAGGCCAAAUUCUCCACCUGACCCACCCUGCCCCUCCCCUCCCAGGCAUGUCUUGGGGAGGGGGGCUUCUCCAGGCUCCCUUCUUUCGCUGUCCCAGGGGUCUCAGAGCCCCUCCUCCAGCUGGACAGUCUUGCCCUAGGAACCAUUUGUCCAUUGCUCAAAUGGGGGAAACUGAGGACAGAGGGUCCCCAGAGAGUCCAGAUCCCUCUGCAGCUUCACCUACAUUAUGCUUCAGUGUGAGGUCAUUGGAGGUCACCUGUCAUCCCUCCCAGUUCUGGAAGAGGCUGCUCUGACCCUGGAGGAAGUGGGGCCCAGCCAGCUCUGGGGUGUCCUCCACUGAGGUCUCCCCAGAAAUAAACAGGGGAGGAGCCUGAACUGGGGAGGGGACCUACUUGGCAGGGGUGUCCCAUGGAGACACGCUUGGGAAGCUCAGAGGCCUCCCCCACCAGAGGGACAGCUCCACGGCCCCCCUGCAGGGCUUGGGGUCCCAUCCCAAGAAGGGUCCUACAGGGCCACGCCUGCGGGGACCCCAGCAGACAGGAAUGGGGAGGCCCCAGGACUGGGGGUGCUGCCCUGGGAUGGCCUGUGCAUUCUGGAUACACCGCUGUUUCCAGCCUGCCUGAAGCCGCUUGGUCUGCAGCCUUCUUGUGCCCCAUGCGAGGGAAGAACGCUUGUCUCUCUUUUUUCUUCCUUAUAAAUUUCGUUGAAUAUUUUUCCUUCAAUUGUGAUCUUUGGGGCUCACAAUUAACUGUGACGUGUAACUCAGAGCACCACUGCCCCUGCCCAGGCUCACUGGGCAUCCACUAGGUCUCAGUUUCCCCAUCUGAGCAAUGGGAGGCUGGACUCUUGCUCACACUCCAUGGCAGGCUUGGAGGGGACCCAGCUUCACAACUGGAGGUGAGGAAGACUUGCCCGCCAGGGUUUGGGCGAAUGGAGGGGGUGGGCACCCCUGAGGUGCAGAGGCCAGGCCCCGCUGUGAGCGGUCAGUACUCAGUUCAUUGUUACCGGAAGCUGGUGUGUGUGUGUCCAUGAGCAUGUCUGUGCCUGUGCACCCACAUAUGUCUCUGUGUGCACAGGACUCUGUUCACAUGUGCACACGCCCACUAAUGUGCAUAAACCCAUGUGUCUGCAGGGCCACAUAUAAUGGGCCAGGCCCUUAUGAAUGGGGAAACUGAGGAAGCUUCUUCUGGCAGGAGCUAGAGCGGCCUAUCCCGCUCUGGAAUCCAAGCCCCGGCCCCAGAGCCUGUUUUGGACAGAUGGACACGAAGGUCUGGAAAGACCCAGAAAUGGGGAGCCCUGGAAUGCAGGAGGGAGGCUGGUGGUCCCCCAGAUGUUCCACAUGUGCCCACAGGAGAGUCUACCCCCCUUCUGAAGACGCCCGUUGCCUCCGGGUGGGUCUGGACACAACCAGCCUCACUUGCUCAAACCGAGUCUCCAGCUACCACCCGAGGAGGCUCCGCCUGGCUUCCUCCUGCCGGGCCUUUGCUUACGCUGUUCCCUCUGCCCAGACUGUCCUUCCAGUCCCUUGUACUGCCCUCUUUCCCUAGGUGUGAUCAUCUCCCCAAAUACGCCGUGCGCUAGUCACCCACAGCCCCCAGAACGCGCAGCCCCGUGGCAGGUGCCUUUUUGCGGAACAAAUGGAAUUCAGAAUCUGCGCCUAGCUCGGCCUAGGCUCGGAUUCGGCGAGGGGACCCCGGGGUCAUUCCAGGGCAGUUCUUUCCAGCUCCGUGGGCGGGGCUCUCCCGGGCAUCGCAGGGAACCACCUCACCCCGCAGGAUCUCCAACUGCCCGACUGGGCUCCCCCCUCCUCCCCGAACCCCUUGCAGUGUGCCUCCCCCCAUCCCCCAUGGUCUGGAAGAACUUGGCUCCAGCGGAUUCAUCUGUUCCUUCCACGUCAUUGAGACUUUUCUGGCUUCCAGCCUGGCUUUAACAGGGGUGGGGGACUGGUCGCCAGGACCCCGCUGGGGCCCCAACAGCCCUUUGUGGCGCCAUCUGCCCUUGUCAAUCUCUAGACUCCCGCCUCCAGGGACCACCAAUCACAGCGCAGGCAUCCCGGUUUCAUCACCAGCAGCCAAUCAGCGCUUCCGCUCACCGCUCGGGCCCCAAGGUGGGAGCAAAUUCGCUCCAGCCCCCUCCCCCACCGGGCCCCACCCCAGGACCUGGCGCUGCCCCCCUCACGUCCGCAUCCAUCCUCUGUUGCCCUCAGUCACCGUCUGCUUAGUGGACACCCGUGGGCCGCCGCGCUCCACCCGCGAGGCUGUGCCUUGCUGCUCUGAACCUCGGUCUCCUCCUCUAUAAGAUGGAACAGCGCUACCCCUUGGGAAGUUCUGGCUUAAGUGAGACCCUGCGGUCCCUGCAGGGCUGGCCACGUGGAGGUCUGCCAGGGGCCGAGAACGCGGGGUGGGUUCAGGGCUGGCAACUUCCUCAGGGUCUUGUCUGCCAGACGGAGAAGCGCCCCCCAGCUCCCGGGGCUGAGCCUGGGGGUCUUGCUUUGAUGGAGGCACCCAUCCUGGCCCCCAAGCUUAGCCCAUCCAGCGGACUCCUUCCAGGAUCUGCACCCAUCUCUGUGCCGGUCCUCAGAGGGCCCCUCGGACCAUGCAAUCCCAGCCCCUGGGGGACCUGAGCCUACUGUCUGGGGCCUCUUGCAGUGUGUGAGGAGGGCCCCGUAAUUCCAAGUUCUGGUCAAGGUGCAUCCGUGGAGGCAGGAGGAAGAAGCUGGAUCUGUGGGUUCGUAUUACCUUGAGCUCUACCUCCUAUGCACACAGUCCUGCAGUUCACAUGCCCAGCCUAAGUGCAUGCCUGUUGCAGGCUCCAAAUAUUGGAGGCAGGAGGUUGUGGAACCAGAUUCAGCCGCCUCCCUACCCGGAAGCUCUAUGUACUUGGGACACUGGUGGCCCCGGGCAGGUCUCGGGUCAGGGUCCACCCCUUGCAGGGCCCUCCUCCACGCCUAGGGAUGUCCAGGCUGCUCAGAGCACCCACGGGACCCUGGGCCCACCCCAACCCCACCCACUUUCAUCCCCAAGAUACACACAGACCAGCUCAGGGCUGCACACUCGCAUUAUUUUAUUUUGCUUUUCCAGUCUGAAGCUACUAUCAUGGGCAUUUAGUUAUACAAAUGACACUUACAAAAAAUAAAAGACCAAGACACCCAGAGUGAGAUGCAUGGCAGAGAUGAACUGGUGGGGGAGAGGGGGGCUGGCAGGGGCAGGGCUGGGAGCCAGGGGCCUGGGGGCUCCCCAUGGGGCUCCCGGUGGAGGGCGAUGCCCAGCUUCAUCCCACCCCGAGACCCGAGGAGUCCAGUCGGACAGGGAGCACCGAUCACACCGGGGGCUCUGGCUGAGGCGGUGAGGGGCUCAGCACCAACCAGAUGGGGACAUAGGCCUGGGCAGGCAGGAGGGAGGGGGCCAGCGAGGUCCCCCAAGGAGGUAGGGGCAGGUUCCAGAUUCAGGGAAGCACCCUGCACCCCCCACAGCUAGCAGACAAGGAGGGCACCAACGCCCAGAGAUGCUGUUUCGAGAUUCCCCCACAAUACCCCUUGAAGAUCACUCGUGGCUACUACCACCAAGCUUGCCUGGGUGCCUGCAGCGAUAAUGCUCCAUUUAAAAAAAAAAAAAAAAUACUGAUUUGGUCAUUUUCUGCUUCCAGUCAGGCCAGGGUGAAAAGAAGAGAGACAGCAGGGCCCCAGCCCAGGGCGGGUGUGCAGUGGGCAGGCCCGCUUGGUGCAGGGGGGCAAGCAGCCGGUACAUGCUGGUAUUGCCCCCUCCCCCUCUCGCGGCCUUCCCCGACGCAGGGGUGGUGCACCGACCGGGGGGGGCCCCGAUAGGCUGGGGGCAGGCACCCAGUUCCGGGGAAGUGGGGGGCAGAGGCUCUCGGGAGGGGGCAGGAGAUUCCAGUUACCCCACCAGGCCCAGGGGCUCGGGAAGGCCUCCCAGCCCUCCCCCACCCCCAC